AUGUUGAAGAUAUGGUCGAUGAAAAAGGAGCAGAAGGAGGCAGAGAAUGCCGAGGGCCAGGCGACGGGUGGCAAGAAGAAGAAGGUGACUGCAGCUCAGCUGCGCGUGCAAAAGGGUAUGCUUCAUCCUGCCCAGACCUUGACUUGUAGCGAACUUUCCCUCGGAUCAACGAUGAAGACAGAGUUCCCCGACCCCGAUGACAUCCUUAACUUCGUACUCACGAUCGACCCUGAUGAGGGCAUGUACCGAGGCAGCCGCUUUACCUUCGAUUUCACCAUAAACCAGAACUUUCCCCACGAGCCUCCCAAGGUCCGAUGCCGAGAAAAGAUCUACCAUCCCAAUAUCGAUCUUGAGGGAAAGGUCUGCCUGAACAUUCUACGAGAGGACUGGAAGCCAGUGCUGAACUUGAAUGCUGUGAUUGUUGGCCUGCAGUUUCUGUUCCUCGAACCCAACGCAUCGGACCCGCUCAACAAGGAGGCAGCUGAAGAUCUACGAAAUAACCGAGAGGGAUUCAAGCGCAACGUGAGGACUGCUAUGGGUGGUGGAGUAGUCAAGGGUAUGGAAAACCAGAAGGGAUCGGCCGUUAAGAUUUUGGGACGAUACAACGACUUAAUGGGUGUUUGA